AGACAGCAGCAUUAUUUUACUACCACUUCUAUUUAGAUUCAAGCGACCUGAAUGAAAACAGCUAAAGAACUGAAAGGAAUAUUUAAGACGUCUUCUUCCCAGCAAACACACCAGCAAACCUCUGAAGUGGGGCAGAGUCACCAAAAUCAGGAAACUAAGGGUUGCUAUUAAUACAUCUGAGCACAGAGCUACAGCUGGUGAAAGCCAAUGCUCUCUCAGUUUAGUCGCAGAGAAACUUCCAAAGAAACGUGAAAGAAAAAGGACAGCCUCUGUGGGCACACUGAAGAUUGUUUCUGAAGAGUUGACAACCAUGGAAGAAGCUGCCUCAGCAACAGAGAUAUUAAUUCUGCACACGGUGGAUGGACAGGAAUGGGCUACGUAUUUGCAGCAGAUCUUAAAAUCCUGCAGAAAAUUACCCAAAGACUCUACUCUGCUGUAUGCGGUCGGCCCAGCUGAUCAGCUCCACGGAUAUCAGUUUCAGAGUCUUCAAAGCUGCAGAUGUACCGUGCUGCUCCUCACCGGAACAUUCCUGGACAUGCUCUAUGACCCAGAGCUGCAGGGAGCACUUCAGACACUGCUUCACCCUCCACACAGAGUGGUGGCGCUGCUGUGCGGUGUAUCAGAGGAUGAAAUACUGACGGAACGGUUUGAGGACUGGCUGGACUGGAGAAAAAUUUCUGCUGCAGACGAGCCCGCCGUCUAUGUCUCCACAAUACUGGAAUGCAUCAAUGACAACAGAGGAGCAGGGGCUCAGCAUGUGGGCAAAGCUGCAGCAAAGUCAGACAUGACAGAAGCCUCUACAGCUGAAAAUCCCAUCGCUCCUGAAACAGAGGAAGUAGUUUCAGAAGGGCUAAAGGACCCUGCGAGGAAGGAUGAUGUGACCACUGGAAAUUCAACAGACGUGGACAUUAGUACACCCAUGCACUCCACCUGCAUCACUGUCCAACCAAACAGAGUUCUGUGUGGAGAACCAGAGAAACUUUUUAUCGUUUUCACACAUAAAGUACAACCAGCAGCAGAGGUGGAGUUUUCACUGAAAAACCAUCCUGCAAAAAGGGUCCAAGGCACGGUGGAGAAUGAAUAUACGAUAAGCGUCCUGGCUCCUGAUAUGCCAGCUGGAGUCGUAUCUCUCACCAUGCACACUGACCAGUCCUGCACCAGCUUAAUGCCUGUUACAUAUUACACCACAAUGGGAGAAGUCAGCCGGCUACUUCAAAACGCCACGGAUCCGGUUAACUUCAUGUGCCAGGCCUUCAACUUGGCACCCAGUGCAACAGAAUCCUUGGACACUAUGCUGACUGACUCAUUAAAAUCCCGGAUGCCUGUUAACAGUCUUCAGCUGUUUGGAAUCAAACAGAUAGAAGAGGACAACAUGGCAGCAUAUCAACGUAAUGAAGAGUAUCCCACACUGCUUCACUUUGCUGCAAAGUAUGGCUUUAAGAAGCUCACCACCAUCCUGCUCCAGUGUCCUGGAGCUCUGCAGGCGUACAGCGUCAUGAACAAGAACGGGGACUACCCGAACACGCUGGCACAGAAGAGUGGCUUCAACGAUCUCAGGCAGUUUAUGGAUGAAUUUGUUGAAACAGCAGACAUGCUAAAGUCCCAUCUUGAAGACCACACAGAGGAGAGUGCUGACGUGUACGAGUUGAUGUCAGGGAGCUCUCAAGACAUCAUGAUGACGUACGAGAGUUGCUCAGAGGACAUAUACGAGUCGAUGGUGGGGAUCAUCCCUGAAUGUGCAGAGGACUUUUAUGAAGUGAUGAAUGCAGUCGAUGAGAACCCUGAAGAAGCUUUGCUAAGGAAGUUCUUUCAAGCAAAACCACAUGCUUAUGUGAACCAGGGCAUGAAAGGGGACAAAGAGCAAAGGGACAAUGACAAUGAGGAGGAUCCAUACAACCUCUUCCCAGAGGACAUCUAUGACAUUGUGGAUGGAGAUAAAUCCUAUAGUCCAUCAAUCCUGAACCGUCCACCAGCACCCAUCCCCAGACCUGAGUCUGAGCCUGAACCUGAGAAGCCAAUAGCAUACAUUUCUAGAGUAUUUUCAGAUAAAGUAGCAUCCCAGAGAGAAACUACAGAAACUGGAUAUCCUGAAGCCCGGCCUGUUGCAGACCCUCCCUCUCCUACUUAUGACCCCUACGCUGGGAUGAAGACGCCUGGGCAGAGACAGCUCAUAUCUCUGCAGGAGAGGGUGAAGGUGGGGGAAAUCACUGUGGAUGAAGCAGUCCAAGAGUUCAAGGCCUGGCAGUUUGACCAUGAGCGGAGAGCGAGCUCCAUACGCUAUCAGCAGGAAAAUCUAAAACGACUACGAGACAGUAUAACCAGACGACACAAAGAAAAACUGAAGACCACAAAGGAGCUUGAUUAUGAGAUAAGUGCUCCGCUACAGAGGAACAUCCCUCUGGGUUCCAGUGUCACAUUAGAGUGUUCUGUGUACGAGCCAGCACCGAGGAUCGAGGCUCCACCUCCUCCAUCCACAGCAGCAAAUACAAUCCAGCGAGGCAGCUGGAAGACAGGAAGCACAUCCAGCACAUCCAGCACUGAGAGCAACAGGCUGAGCACCCACAGCACCUUCAGCUACAGCAGCGGGACAGAGCCUGACUUUGAGGAUGCAGCAGAAGUUCUCCCUCCACCACCGCGACCUCCACGGCCAUCGGACACUGUCAUUCCUCCACCCAGGAUUCCCCCAAGAGUCCCAGAGAGGAUGCCAGAGAAGACACACGACCGCUACAUAUCCUGUCCAACUCGAGCGCUUCCUCAAAGACCCACUCAGAGACUCAAUAAUGCAGCACCUCCCAUUCCUCGCCGCCUGCGGUGAUUUAGGGCUCUCAUUUAAAGACUGCACUCCACAAGAUAAUCCACAUAGACAGGCAGACAGUCUUACUCCAUGUUGCUUUUUUAGAAUGCAUUGAUCAUGUCCCAAUAAUAAUGGAUGCAUAUAUAUCUAUAUUAUUUUUAGCUUUUCUACUUCCUGCAAUAUUUGUAAAUAUCUUGAAAUACCUUAAUAAAACAAACACUGUCUUUCACAUAACUGUAUUGAUUCUGCUGAAAUGUUCACUAUAGUCCUCUUUUUAAGUCUAAAUGUGUCUUAUUCAGUUGUGUCCUGGACUGUAGCAUUUAUCUGUGCAAUAUUUCAUUCGGUCACAAGGUGGUGCUCCAUACUCUCUUAGCAGCUAAAUCACUUUGCAAGUCAACUUUAUCAAAAAGUCUUAAAAAUGUAUAAAAUUUAAAGCAUGCAUGUUAAGUGUUGCAAACUGUAGCCUUAAAAUUCACUUCUUACUUUGCAG